GAGAGUGUCCGUACGAUGUCCACUACAGCGGGCGCGGAGGUACCCACCACCCCGCUUCUGAGCCUUAGAAGGCCCCGGCUCGCUCGCACACACAUGGGGAACACACACGUUGCCGACAUCUUGGAUGGCAGUUGCCGGCCCGGAGCUUCACUUAUCAUGACUAAAGAGGAGAACCUGGAGAUGCAGGAGAAGGAGAGGCACGACCGGGAGGAGCAGGAGGAUGGGAGGGUCCAGAGGGACGAGGAUGAGGAGCUGACGGAGGAAGAGGAGGAUGAGGACGAAGACGAGGAGGAGGAAUAUGAGAUAGAGGAGGGGAGGGAGGGUGAGGAGAGAACGGAGGAGGAGCCGGCGGAUGAAGGAGAAGAGCGCGAGGGGGAGGAGGAGGAGGAGACAGUGGACAGGGAAUGUGAUCCUCCUCCGGAGACUGAGCCUCUGUCAGUGUCUGCACUCCAGAGUCCUGUCCAGGAGCCCCGACGUCGAGCUAUGGUGCACCCCUCAGCCCAGGCACCCCUUCCCAAAGACUACGCCUUCACCUUCUUCGACCCCAAUGACCCCGCCUGUUUGGAGAUCCUCAUGGACCCUCGCACCACCAUUCCCGAGCUGUUUGCCAUCGUGCGUCAGUGGGUUCCCCAGGUGCAGCACAAGAUCGACGUCAUAGGAAACGAGAUCCUGAAACGUGGCUGCCAUGUGAACGACCGUGACGGUCUGACGGACAUGACGCUGCUUCACUACAGCUGCAAGGCGGGUGCACACGGCGUUGGUGACCCGGCAGCAGCACUGCGUCUCACCAGCCAAUUGAUGUCUCUGGGCGCCGAUGUGAGUUUGAGGAGCCGCUGGACAAACAUGAACGCUCUGCACUACGCCGCCUACUUUGACGUCCCAGAACUGGUCCGAGUCCUGCUCAAAGCUGCCAAACCCCGAGUCUUGAACUCCACGUGCAGUGACUUCUAUUACGGGACAGCGCUGCACAUCGCUGCCUCCAACCUGUGCCUGGGCGCAGUCAAAUGUCUUUUGGAACACGGCGCCAACCCCACCGUCCGGAACGAGAAGGGCCAGGUCCCAGCAGAAGUGGUCCCCGACCCAAUGGAUAUGAGUCUGGAUAAGGCGGAGGCUGCCAUGGUGGCCAAAGAGCUGAAGCAGCUGCUGCUGGACGCCGUCCCGCUGAGCUGUAACCUUCCCAGGGCCACGCUGCCCAACUAUGACAAUAUUCCCGGGAACCUGAUGCUGUCCUCGCUGGGGAUGAAGCUAGGAGACCGCGUUCUUCUGGAUGACAUGAAGAACGGGACAUUGAGGUUCUGCGGUACCACAGAGUUUGCCAGUGGUCAGUGGGUCGGUGUAGAGCUGGACGAGCCCGAGGGAAAGAACGACGGCAGCGUUGGUGGUGUUCGCUACUUCAUCUGCCCACCUAAACUAGGGAUUUUUGCUCCGGUGUCAAAGAUCUCCAAGGCUGUGGACCAGACAGUCUCAUCUGUCACGUCCACCCCCAGGACUCCACGCAUGGACCUGGCCUCACGCCUUGCAGGGAAGACCAAGAAGGAGAAGGAGAAGAAGGAGAAAGCCCUGAAGAAAAAGUCGUCAGUGGUCAGUCUGGAUCCUGAAGGACUGAACAUUGAGGUUGGCGAUCAGGUCCUGGUGGCCGGGCAGAAGCACGGCAUUGUGCGCUUCUUUGGAAAAACUGACUUUGCUCCAGGUUUCUGGUUCGGUGUUGAGCUGGACCAGCCCACAGGCAAACACGACGGCUCGGUGUUUGGAGUGCGCUACUUCAGCUGCCUGCCCAAAUAUGGAGUCUUUGCUCCACCUUCACGGGUCCAGAGGAUUGGAGGACCUAAAGAUGCCUCACAGAACGACAACUCCAUGGUGAAGAAAGUUCACCAGGUCACCAUGUCGCAGCCCAAGCGUAACUUCAACACUGUACGUUCUCCGAAAGAUCUGACGUCCGAAAGCUCCAUAUCCAGGUUGCUCUUCUGCUGUUGGUUUCCGUGGAUGCUGCGAGCUGAGAUGCAGUCCUAACCAUGCCGCUGUCCUCCCGCUAGCUAACAAUCGCUGUCGCCCGUCCAACCCGGUGAAAGCUUCCACUCUCCUGCUCUCAGUCCACCUUCUUCUUCUUUAAAUAUUUAGUGCCUUGUUGAAAUCUUGAUCAAACGUUCCUGCUGAAGAACCCCACCCACCUGAGGUAUUUUCUUCAUUAGCAUCUCACCUCCUGGCUUAGCUUGCUCUUUGUUUAGUAGGCUAACAGCAUUAGCCUGUGAUUUUAGCGCUCCACGUGGUUUGUCUCGACGUUAGAGAAGAACAUUGGUGGCUUUGUGUAUCAAAACAAUUAUGACAGUUAGUGACAAGAGUUAGCCUUCAAUCCUCACCUUCUCUGCUUCUUUCAUGACAUGAAAACGGAAGAUCUCCCAGCCAGUGUUGGUAACUUAGGGACUUUGUAUUCAGACCCUUCUUGCGACUUUUUCUUGUGUUAUUAGAGACUUUGGAGACUGACAUGAAAGCAUGUAUUGCUCUUAUUAUGCUUCUGCGUAGUCACUACGUCGUCCCUUUCGACUCAGUCUUGAUCCUUUCAUAGCUCCUUGUCGGGCUUAAGCAUGUGACGUGCAAUUCUCUGCUGAAACUGUAGGGGCUCUGUUUUCCGGAGACCGCAACUUUCACUAACCUAUUAGCUUGUUAGCUUCCUUCGUGGCAAUUAAAGAGAAAUGGGGAGUGUUAUUGGACCAGGAUGAUGUGGUUUAGCAACUUCUAGCAUCUUUUAGGACAGCUAAUAGCUACUUUACAGUACAAAGUUAGCAACACUGCUCCCAACACAGUUGCACAUGACUAGUUACCAUGUUAGCUUGCCAGCAGGUCAGCUUAUGACGUCUUUAGCUUUCACUCAAACAGAAAAAAUAAGCUUUUUCUUGCUGCUUCUGGUCUGAAGACCUCUUAAGAGGCCUAGAUGAUGUGUUGCGUCAAGUUAGGAAGUGAACGACAGAGGAACAACAGCCAGUUAGAUGUUGUCACAACGAAACGUUAUUGAACAAAGGCCAUGUAGUUUAUCUCAUUCACCAAAACUGCUAAACAGCCCAAACAAUGAAAAGAAUAAAAGUCUUCAAAGUCUUUGCGUUGCUGCCUUUAAUGAAAGCGUAUGACGACUGCUUAACAGCUUUAUACUUUCAAUAUUUGAUCGUGAUAAUCAGCCCAGCAGUCACUGAAUGACUUGAAAGAGUUCCGACAAGGAUUCCAACGUUUGCGAGGCCUUCAGAUGAAGCCAUCAUUGUCUCUUUAGCGUUGUUAGCGUUUGUUUCUUCAUUAGCUUCGUGACAUGUUGUCAUACUGUAAGCUGCGUUGUGUCAUGAUUUCAUUGAAGCUCCACUGAGCCCCUGACCCCUUGGAGGUCAUGUACUGCUCUGGCCACUAUGUGUCACUAGUUCGUAGUUCUAGAUUUAUAGGUCUAUCAUAAUAUAUGAUACUAGCUUGUACACUCGUAGCUCUUGUCAACUUGUUUUAAGGACCACACCAAUUGACUCUCCUCGGCAGGCUAAAAACAUUUUACAUGUACUACUGUACUUUGGCAGUGUAUUUACGGUAUACUGCACAUGUCAGUGUAUUCAAUAGUGUAUUUACAAGUAAACAAAGCAAGCAGACAUGAACAAAGUCAGCAAUCAUUUUCUUGUUUUUGUGUUGUCAAUAUGUAUUGACAAAGUGGUUUUCUGAGCAUAUACUCUGUGUGUAUACAUAUACAUAUAUAUAUAUAUAUAUAUAUAUAUAUAUAUAUAUAUGUAUGUAUAUGUAUACACACACACAGUAUAUACACACAGUAUAUAUAUAUAUAUAUAUAUAUAUAUAUAUAUAUAUAUAUAUAUAUAUAUAUAUAUAUAUAUAUAUAUAUAUAUAUUAUUUUUUUGGUCCCUCCCACUAACUACCUGUGUAUUGUAUGUAAUGUAUAACCUUUAUUGUUUCAAUAACCUCACCAAGUGUACUUUUAGUUCUUUUGUGGGGUUUUUUUUGGUGUUCUGGUUCCGGUCCAAAGUGUGUGUGUGUGUGUGUGCCCGUGUGUGUACGUGUGUGUGUGUGUGUGUGUGAGAGAGAGAUGUUAAAAAGGAGACGGCAGCGUAGUGAUGCCAACAUAAAGUCACUGCAUGCUGUGUACUUUGUUCACUUGUCUUUAAGCAUGGAAACGCAUCCGAUGACGACUACUGUGCCGACUCAGUCAAUAUUCUACUAAUUAAAGUGAUUUGAUGUUGCUUUUCUA